GCUGCAGUGUUUUCGUUGUUGUGUACGCACCCUGAUUCCAACUUCACACGAAAGGUUGAUGCCACGCGUACAAAUUACGUGAAUGCCAACGUGAGCACAACACGAAAAUGUUAAAACUCACAAAAACGACGUGAUCGGAACAGCAAAAAGUAAACUUAAUUAGAAACAUUUGUCGCACGUCUUUACCUCUGUGAACACCUAAUAAGAAUACACUGGAACAGCACAACCUCUACUUCCGAUAUUAAGAUCACGCUAAAUGUAAUAAAAUUGCGAUUAAAAUAAAGCCUCUGACACUAGCAGCUGCUAAACUAAAAGGAAGAAAAAAGCGGACUAGGACUUAAAAAAGCGGCGUGAGGCAGUUGAUUUCACUAACCGCCAGAGGCGUUCUUCUUGCCAGUCCUUAUAGCAAUAUAGGCCAAUAAGCUACCAAAAUUGUCAUUCCGUAAACAAGCGGAAACGCUAUUUAUACAUCAGGGCUGUGAUAUACCAAAAAGAAAAGAUAUCAAAAUAAAAACACAGAUACACAAAUGCACAAAAAGCUUGAAAAUAAGAACUACGCAAAGGCCAAAUAAACUAAAAUUGCUAAAAACAGAACAAAAAACGCAAAAAAGGCAGAUCAUAUGGAUACACGCUCGUAUAUACACACGUAUGUAUAUAUGAAUUGGUAUUUCUAAGCCAUAGGCAACAUUUGUUCACGAGGCAACAGCGCAUAAAAGUGUCCAUAGUAGUAGAUUUUCUCUUAUGCGGCCACCGGCUGAGAAAAUUGUUUUUAAUACGACAACAAAACGACCUAACUAUUGCAUAUUGAAGCUAUAAGUAAUUUCGCAAGGAGGCAACAGAACGGCUACGUCAGCGUUAUAGGACUUGGCAACUCGUUGGUCUGCAAACCGAUGGUAGCGGGACUUAAAGGCAAUAAAUGACGUGCGCCAAAUUGCCGUCAAGUUUAUUUUGAAGUACUUUCGGGUGGGGUACGAACAAGCAUAUGCCCAACUCCAUCUGGAUGUGUGUGUGUUGAGGUUUCUGUUUUGCAGCACACGCAUUUAUUAGCCGAGGUGCUAUGAAGAAAAAGAGCAAUCGACAACAAAGCACAUACUGACCGUCACUAACGAAAUAGGUUGGUCAACCUAAGUGUAAUUUAUAAAAACGAACUGCCAAAUCCGGUACACGCAGCAAAGUUGCAAACGGUCUGAACGCUUACGCACAUUUUCUAUUUUUUGCUUGCCAUUCGUUUUAAAAACUAUUAACACGCACCCGAAUGACCGGGUGUAGGUUCGCACAUAUACAAAGGCACUCAUAAGCUCUCAGAACCGCAUUCAAGCACACUCAUCGCGAUAUCAUUAAUUUAGAACGGAAAAUCGACGACGACCUCUGCAACAACAAUGGGCAUUGCAAAGAGUAUAAUUUCAGCUAAGGCAGCAGCACAGAAGGAGGAAGUGAAACAUUCAAGUUCAUCGCUGUCAUCGUUAAUCACAUGUUUUAUAUCCUGUUUCAUUGUGGUUGUGAGUUUCAUCUCUCCUCAAACAGCAGCGGCAGACACAGCAGCAACAUCAGCAGCAGAAAUGACAGCUAAGGUAGUUACAGUGAAUCACGGUGGCGAAGAUAUUACUUCCACCAUUGUUGGCCAAGGUGGCAGUCAUCUGGGGGCAUCUGGUGGUGGUGAUGGUGGCGGAGUUGGUGGGAACAGUUUGAGCUGGGAUCAUGCCGUCGAUUUGAAUGAGGAUUUUCGCAUUUUAUGGACAAUCAUUAAUCAGGAUAUUACGUUCGAAAUACAAGCACGUACGCUGGGUUACGUUGGAUUUGGAUUCUCGCCUGAUGGCAACCUUGCUGGCUCUGACAUCGCCAUCGGCUGGGUAGACAAGGGUCAAACAUAUUUUCAGGACCGUCAUAUCCACAAAAGUGAAAAUGUUGAACCUGUAGUGGACCCAUCACAGGACUAUAUACUUAUGUUGGGAUACGAGAAUGCAACGCACACCGUAUUAAGGUUUCGUCGAAAGUUGGACACUUGCGACACCAUGGAUGACAUCGCUAUAACAAAUAACACGAUGAGGCUUAUGUUUAUGUAUCAAAGUCGGGACCCUCCUCAUGGAUCAGUGCAACCUAGUACACUGCCUGAUCCAAAAUCCGCUUUUCGCCCAUAUCAUCCCAUGGUGCUUACCCAAAAGUCACAACCUCAUUUUCGAAGAGACGAUCAAAUGCGACAAGUAGAACUUCGGAAUGAGGACGUAGAACUGCCAAGCGGAGAUAGUACUUUAUCUUGGUGCAAAAUGUUCAAAUUGGAAGACGUUAAUCGCAAACAUCACCUAGUUCGGUAUAAGCCGAUAUAUGACUCAUCGUUCAGCAUACAUUACUUACAACAAAUUACGCUUUACGAGUGCCAGGAUUCCCAACCUGAACUUGAGAAGAUGGCACGCGAACAGGGCCGUCAAUGUAUGGGUAACCGAGAUAUGCCAUUAGCCUGCAAUGCCAUUGUUGCAUCGUGGUCACGCGGUUCAGAGGGUUUUACAUUUCCUGACGAAGCUGGAUAUCCAAUGGAAUCUCACAUGGCCAAGUACUACCUAAUGGAGACGCACUACACCAAUUUACAACCGGAUUUUGCUCAACUACACAGCCGUCAAAUGGCAGACAAUUCUGGCUUGCGGAUAUACUUCACCCACGUGCUGCGUCCAAAUGACGCUGGUAUUCUAUCAAUUGGCAUGGAUCCAAAUUGGCGGCACAUAAUUCCACCAGGACAAAAAGAGGUAAUCUCCGAAGGACAAUGCAUUGAGGACUGCACCGCCUAUGCUUUUCCGCCCCAAGGCAUUAACAUUUUUGCUGUGAUGAUGCGCACCCACCAAAUCGGCAAAGAAGUUAAACUGAGACAGAUACGGAAGACUGAAGAGCUUCCCCCAAUCGCAAUGGAUGCCAACAUCGACCCAGCUUACCAAGACUUUCGUCAUCUGCCAGCUCCGGUGCGGUCUAUGCCCGGUGAUCGACUCAUUGCCGAGUGCAUUUAUGAUAGUUCGUCACGGAAAGCAAUUACGCUAGGUGGCCUAACUAUGAAAGAGGAAAGUUGUUCAGUGCUAACACUUUACUACCCGCGCCAAAAGGAGCUUACAACGUGCCACUCUCUACCAAGUUUGCCAACAGUCUUACACUCACUGGGCAUCGAAGAGCUUGCAACUGACUCGAAUCCCGUUUUAAUUUCCGCACCUCCAGAAUUUGCUGGCAUGACACUGGAAGCACGAUUAAUAUCCUAUGACUGGCAAAAUCAGUUCGACGAGUUUCAAGAGGCAACUAGAAGUGGAUCCUUUAAACCUCUUUGCUGGGGUGCGAAAAAUCACGUUGUACCCGGCUCGGAGUACCUCGAGGGAUACAGCAUAAACAUAACAAAGUCCUAUAAGAAGCACAAAUACUGUAAACCAAAACAACGCAUAUUUGUUGCAGAGAGUAUUGGGCAAUCGGACCUUGAGCUGCCAGUGCUUCAUGAAAUGGACAACAAUAAUAUCAUCGAAGGCGCAGCGCGCAGCAGUCGGAGUUCGGCAGCCACCGAAAUGCAAGGAUUAAGCAAAGCUCAAGGCUACAGUAGAAGUUUUGCGACAACUUUUUGGUAUGCGAGCGCUUUCAUUGUUCUACAGCGGCUUAACCGAUGGUCCCUAACAUGAAGCUCCUAUUAAGCGCUCGCAAUUUCACAUCUUCAUUUGACCAGCCGCCUGACGCUAACGUUAUUAUAUGUCCUCCACUCCACCCAGUUCUCAGAUGAAUUAUGUAACUGCAUGAAUUCUUCGUUUUGUUUGUUACCUUAGUGUGUAGUAAAUUAUUGAUUAUUUUUAAUAUUUUUACAAUCUCGAAUUAUAGACUUACGAAAACCACGAUAGCACUGCGACGCUGCUCGUUAAGUGCACUCAUACCUACAUACAAAUAUUUAUAAACGCAAUGUAGCGAUAAUGAUACAAUACGCUAAAACUAUAAGCAUUAAAAAUCCGUGAAACUUAAAUGGAAAGCAAUAAUUAGUUAUCGAA